ACAUUCCCCUCCCACGCGCCGGGCGUCCUUUAAAUGCUCGCGCUGCGCUUUAAAUAGCAGGUGUGAGAAACUGUGUCCCCGCAUACACCCCUCAGACACCACCACCAUCAUCAUCAUCGCCAUCACCGCCGCAAUGUCCACCGCCAGCGCCGAGACCACCGCGCAGCUGCCGCCGUCCGCGGGCAGGGUGUUCUUUCAGCCCGGCGUGAGCUGCGCCAGCUCCGGACCGAUGCAGCGCGAUGACCCGGUGCAGAAAAAACAGGGCAAAGUCACGGUGAAGUACGACAGAAAAGAGCUGCGGAAGAGACUCAUACUGGAGGAGUGGAUCAUUGAACAGCUGAGCGAACUUUACAACUGCGAGGUAAGACUGGACCCGAACCGGAACGCCAUAAAGAGCCUUUUAAUUUCGACAAUUAUUGAUCACUAGAUUUUUUUUUUUUAU